CCUCUUCUAGGUCGUAGGAAGACAGAUUCAGGGAUACCACGAAACAAGAAGGUACUCUCAGUUUCAUCCCCUUCUGGUAUCUUGAAAUUGAUUGCCAUUCUCCUCAUAGUGCUUCUCAUCUCCAACGUGUACCUUUUCUUCCAACUGAGGAGCAUGGAAGAUCAAAUGGUACCUUCUCACUGUCCCCUCAUCGCGUUACGGACGAAGGCAUCCCCUUCCGAUUCAGACUGGGCGGAAGUUCUCAAGUAUCAAGAAACGCUGCAUCAGCUGGAGAUCUCCCAGUGGAAAGAUAUUAUCGCGAUGGCCACUGCUCUCCUCAAGAAGGCAGAGAUUUCGAUUGACCGUUUACGGCCGCAACAAAGACAAGGAGAUCGCACGGUACAAGAGAACUGAGAUGUCUGUGAUAAAUAUGGAAAGGGAUUUUUCAUCUCUUUCUUUUUCGUAUCAUGAUUCCUAAUGUAGCAAGACUUCCAUUUUCUUGGAGUGGCAGCCAGUCCUUCACGGGUGGAAAAAGGAAAAAUAAUUUUCAUUCUCAGUAUAAUCACAUCGUUAUCCCUAUUUUCUUUUGCCCGUCUGAGUUGUGGUGGACAUCGAUCAGAAAUUGUUACCUGGACUGCAUUCAUUUUCAAAAAAUAUAUUCCCAUAUGAGCA